UCCACAGACAAAAGGCUCUCUGAUACUAAAAUAUACCAGAAAAAGACUGAGAUAGAAAUCUUAUCAGAUGACAGUUUUACAUUUUUUAUCAUGACUGGUGAAGAAGGCUCAGAAUUAAAAGAUUUGGACAAAAAUACAUACCAGAAAUUAAUACACGAUAGUCAUCGAGAUCUUGAUGUCUUGCAUGAUGAAAGUAGACCUCUGCUUGAUAGUGUGGAAGACGUUUUAUUGCCAGAUGUGCUUGAAGUGAAAGCUGCUGAAUAUGAAUGCAAUGAACUGCAGAUUAACAAGCAAUGGGAACAUCUUUUUGUGCCAAGCAGUUCUCCAGUGGUUCACAGCUUUAAACUACCAAAAGGCAUGAUGCCACGCAUCCUAGAAGAUGAAGGAUUGUAUAUUCCAAGAAAACCAGAAAUUUGUAGGAGAAGUUAUAACAAAAUGGAAAAUCGUCUUCUGAAACAAGAAGGGGGCAAAAACUGGUUUGAAGAAAGUGGGGAAAUAAUUUCAUUACCUUCUCCAAUCAAACAAUCACAAAACUUCAGAAAACGUUUUCCUCUUAAGACUGGUCUAGGAUUAAAGACAAUAUACAAGAAGGCAAUGCAACCUGAAUUGGAAAGCUGCAUCAUAACUAAAUCAGGAGGUCAAAGAGAACUUUAUCAACUAGAUCUCAAUAUAUCAAGUUUAUUGUUCAGCCACCAUCCUCUUUUCAGCCAAGAGCAUGUGUUGGCUGCUAGGUUGCUCCAACUUUAUGAAUGCUUUCAGAACAGACAACAGCAUAAUAUAGCUCUUUUGCUAUCUGAAAAGCUUAAGGCAUUAAUAAAUGCUACGAAAAUAAUAGAAAGUAGUUUGGAAGCAAGCCAACUGAGCAGGAAAACUUUAGAUGACUACCAAUGGCAAAUAAGAGAUACUAAGAAAUUGUAUGACCUAGAACAGAAAAAAGAUAUUUCUUUAAUACAUAGUAUGUUAAAAGUCUGGAAACAAAUAAAAUCUGUACGUAGACAGCAAGAAUAUACAAGUACACCUGUAAAAUUACAGUUUCAAAAAAGGCUGACCAAGAAAAAUAAUGAGGAUGAAUAUAAGGCAGGAUUAGCACAAGAUGCUGAAAAAGGCAGAUGGCUGGAGGGAGAAGACAAUAUUGAUAACCCUGACAAUAUUUCAGAAACCUGGGGAGAACAGAAGGGAUGUUUGGAUUCAGUUCCUCCAUUGGUGAGUUCAACACAACUUGCAGAGAUAAAGGAACCUCUUUUCAUACCACAUCUCACUUUGACUGCAGAAAUAACAGCAGUGUCCAAGUGUCCCAUGUAUGAACAGAAGAGAAGAGCCAAAGUUCAGAGGCAGCAGUAUUUUAUUAAAAUAUUUUACAAUGAAAAACAAGUCUCUUGCACUUCAGUAGCUCCCCUACAGCUGGAUUUUAGAGUAAUGUUUCAGCAAAUUUUUAGUAUUCAGUUAUUAAAUUGGCCUGAAUCUCUUCGAUUGGAGAUUUGUGAAUCAUCUAAAAGGACAAAUAUGUUGGCCAAAAUAUAUUUACCUAUUCCUGACAAUACUGUACUGCAAAGCAAAGGUGUAUUGGAACAGGCAGAAUUUAGCUGUGACCAGCAAGUUAAACCCAUAAAUGGAGAAGUGGGAAGCAAUGUACCUUUUCUUCUGGAUGAAAGUGAAACUGAAGAGGUGUGUCUUUUGACAUCAGGAAAACUAAUGUAUUCCUUAUCCUGGGCAGUCAAUGAGGAAGGAAUUCCGUUAGCCCCUGUAUCUCAGAAAAUAAUCUCUGCUCGUUACAGUGUACCAAGAAACAUAAAUGCAGAAAUAGCUACUGGACUCCUGUGGUUCACUGACAGACAGAAACUUACCGAAUGGGCCAAAGAAGUCAAGAUUGAUCCUAAUGACCCUGAGUAUUCAGAUUUGAUGGAAUUCAUUAUGUAUGCAAGAUCCAAGGAACAAAUUGUGUCAAAAUAUUUUCGUCUUGAACAGCUGCAAGAAGAAUUUAACUUUGUUACUGAAGAAGAGAUUAAGAAGUGUAAACGUUUCCAGCUGUUGCAGCUUAGGAACUCAGAGCAGUUAGAUUUCUGCUAUUUUCGGCAAAUACCGCUGUAUGAUAGAGAGAUACCAGAUGCAGUUAUUCAGGUGACUGUGCAUCCAUUUGUAGAAGUUUCUUUCCAGCACACAGUUUAUCAAACUAGCACUGCAGAUGGAUCUCAUCCAUGCUGGAAUGAAGAACUUCAAGUGGAUUUUAUAUCACCAGGACAUGAUUAUAGCUUUUCAGGACUGUCUAAAAUAAAAGACAAUAUAUAUGUCAACAUUUUUGAUGAAGUUAGGGUGGAAAAACAUGAGGAUACUUGUCUUAAGGGUUGCAGUGGCCACUCGUAUAUAAGAAAGAACUGGUUUGGAUCAGUUACUUUUCCUUUCUCUGCUCUUCUGGAACAAUCAAAGAUCUGCGGUACAUUUCAAGUAAAUACGCCACCAGUUUUGCUUGGCUACACUUGGAGCAAGCCCUGUGUAUCUCCUAAAGAACAUUGUGGACAGAAUUUAAAAGAAUAUACCUUUUUAACCAUCUUUGCUACGAUUGAACCUCAGCUAUCUUCUGUUGAAAAUGAUUUAGAAUCAGAUAAGUUUGCAGAUCAUGAAGAUGAAACACUUUUGCAAAGAGCAUGCAUUUUUAAAAAAAAUUGCAAGGCAAAGUUUCCAAAAAGAAGAAUAAUAACCUCUGUUUUUGAUAAUGAAGGACGAAAUAUUUUAGUUACAGAAUAUAUUAGGGCACUAAAUCCACCACAGCUGCUAGUAGAUAUGUAUCUUGAUGAUCCUAAUGCAACUUUUGAUCUUAUUUCUCAAUUUGUGUCUUUAAUUCCUUGUGUAUCAGAUACAUUGGAUGAAAAUGCUGAUGUUGAUAUUUGGAUGACAUCAGAGCAUUGCAUCAAUUUGGCUGUUGGAAAUAAAGAAGAGCAUGCAGUGCUUCUGUGUAACUACCUUCUGUAUUUUGGGAAAAAAGCAUGGGUACUGUUGGGAACAUCAGUGUUAGAAGGGAAAGUGGCAUAUGUAUUAACUCAUGAAAAUGAAGAAUAUUUCCUUUGGAAUCCCUUGAAUGGGCAGUGUUAUAAACAGUUUGAUACAUUUUGUCCCUUACAGAGUAUUGACUGCCUAAUCAAUAGGGAAAACCCAAAAGAAAUACUUUACUCCCCUACUAAUGGAAGCAUGGUAGAAGAACUACAGAACAGGAUCGAAAAGACCUUAAGAAGUAAAAUAAUGGAAUGGCGAUUUCAGCAACCAACUCGGUGGCAUCGACAGUGUACUGCUCUUCUACGACAAAUUCUUCCCAAGCUAGAAUUAAGAAAUAGGAUCUUUGUUACAGACAAAGAAGAAAAUGAAUUGGAAAGUUUACUGGAACAUUAUUGGGUGACAGGAUACCCUAUCCAGAUGCCAUACACAGAUUUACCAUCAAUAAGUGAGGCUGUGUAUCAAACUGGCAUUCAUUCUUCAGAAAUCCCCAACACAGAAUUUGCUCUUGCUGUGUAUAUUCAUCCAUACCCAAACAACAUCUUAUCUGUAUGGAUCUACUUAGUUUCUUUGGUCCGUCAUCAGUAAACAGUGUUGAAUUUGAUUAUAAUUAUACUAAGUUACUACAUGUUACCUCUCAUGGUUUAAGAUGGUUAUUUAGGCAUGAGAACUGGGACAUGAGAAGCUAAUUUUAUAUCACAAGAGAUAAGCCAGUACUAUUUAUUGUACAUUAAUAGAAUCUUGUUACUAUAGAGAGAUUGUAGCUUUUAAAUGUUCUAAUUAGAUCUAUUAUAAAUUGACCUUAUCAUUUUUGCUAAUUCCCAAUAAUCUGAGACCAGCAUUAAACUCCUGUAAAUCAUUACAAUUAUCAUACUCUACGAUGAUAUCAGAAGAUGUUUAAAUGAUUUCUUGGGGAGUAGAGAGUAAACCCUGUGAAGAAAGAUCUUAAUGAGUUGUUUUAUAAAAGAAUUAGAAUUUAAGGUCUUGCUGCCUCAACACAGUGAAUUUCAAACAUUCCAAGGGUAGCACAUAGUUGAUACUAUUAGUUAAAUAAGGUGCUGUAGAAUCUUGUGGAAUGCAUAUUAAUGUUUGACUGGUAAAGACACAGUGGUUUACAAUGAUGAAUGUGAAAGUUGUGUAAUAAAAUUCAAGUUUGCAACUUCAAUAUCCAGAAGGCUUCCCUAAAUCUUAAGGCAUUGUUCUACUCCUUUGAAAUCAUUGGGGGCAGGAACAGAUUCUUAGUGUCGUUGCUAACUUGUGAAGUUCGCUUUGUGUGUUAUGUCUUAUAUUCUUUUAAUUUUCAGUUGUAAGGGUUUUUGGAAUGAUUAAUGGCAAAUAUUUUGUUCAAGUGGUGUUAUGAAAAUCCUUAUUUUCCUUUAGCAGAAUGUUUAUAUUGUUUAGUUUUUUUAAAACUGAACUAGUUUAACUUUAGUAUACAACAGUUAACUGUAAACAAUAGGAUUGCAUACAAUAUACUUUAUUAUAGGGAAACAUUCAAAAGCAUAAAGCA